AAGGUGGGGUAGCACAGAAGCUUGAAAAAGUGGGACCGCAAAAAUAUAGCAGCCGCACAAUCUAAAAGCUUCCCAGUUCUCCAAACGGAAUGCUUUUAAUGUCGCGUGUUUGAAUAAACAUCGGCUUGAAUUCCGGUGCUAAAGAUUUUCUUCAGACGCCCCUCUUACUGUCUCGGUUGCCUCCGCGAAUUGGCUCCUGGGUCUCUGAUACCCUUCAAUUCUACGACAAAAUAUUCCUGGAUAUCAAUUGAUCACUGUUAACCACCACAGCCCACCAUGCUGUCUUCUAUUGGACGCGCUGCCAUCAGGCGCUUGACCUCAGCACCUGCCACUACGUCAUCUGGUCGCAUUGUAGUCUCUAACUUGUCUGCCAACUCUUUGCGAUCUGGUCGCCUCUUUGUCCGAAGCUUUGCGACUCCAGGGAAACCUAAGGCUUCCACUGCCACCAAGAGUGCGGCGAAGCCAGCGGCUACAAAAGGACGUACCAAGGCCACGACUAAAGCUGGAACUACCAAGGCCUCGAAGGCCUCGAAGGCUACCAAGGGCACCAAAGCUACUAAGGCCGCCGCGUCCAAGUCCAAGUCCAAGACCAAGACCACCAAGUCCAAGUCUACCAAGUCGAAGACUGCCGCGAAAGCAAAGGGGACCAAACCUGGACCAAAGAAGCGCGUAGUGAGCCCAGAGAAGAAGAUUCUCCUUGAAAGAAGAGAGCUCAGGAAGACGGCCCUAUUUUCCGUGCCGAAACUACUCCCAGACAAUCCCUGGACGGUAUACGUAGCUGAACAGAACAAGGGGACCGUCGGUGGCUCAGACGUUUUCCGUACUAGAAUGGCUACCCUCGGUGGAGAAUUCAAGAACCUACCGUCCGCUAGACUUCAGCGACUCCAAGCCACCGCUGAACAGAACAAGCUCAGCAAUGCGGCAGCAUACAAGGCGUGGGUGGAGAACUACACCCCUCAGGAGAUCCACACUGCCAACAAUGCCCGUCGACUCCUGAAGAAGAAGCACAGCUUCCCUCCCAAGUCAGGAGUGAAGCUCAUUCGUGACGAGCGUCAGCCCAAGCAGCCUACUACCCCAUUCAGCCUGUUCACGAAGGCAAGAUGGGCCACUGGAGACUUCGCCAACAAGACCAUAUCCGAGAGUGCCAAGCAGAUCGGCCAGGAGUGGAAGAACUUGUCCGCGGAAGAACGUCUUCCAUACGAAGACCUUUUCAAGGCAUCCUCGGCUCAAUAUGCAAAGGAAGUAGGCGAGCUUUUCCAUCGAAAGGUAGCCAAGAGCCCCUCACCCAAGGCUUAAGCUCACAUCUCUCCUUUCACCAAAACGCGGG